ACUGAGCCAUGACACUGAAACCAGUGUCAAACUGCAUUAUUUCUGCAUUUUAUUUAUUUCCACCUGAGCAUCCCUUUUCUAGCAGGGGACAGCUGGAUUGCUCAAGGGAUCACAAACAGUGAGGAGAACGAUCCCAAUUAGACCAUGGAGGACUCACAAUCGUAUAAGACUGUCUUCUCACUGGGGCGGUUCAAGAUCCGGAAACUACAGAAUGGGCCCCCCUCGGAUCAAGCUAAUGAUGCCCCCAAAGUCCCUGCAGAGCUCGCUGCAGCCUCUCAGAUGGAGGAAGACGGUUCUGCUCCACCAGAUUACGAGAGCACGAUUGAUGCCUGCCCGCGGUAUGAAUACUAUGCCAACUCUGCACCGCCUGGGCGUCGGAAGGUCCGGCCUUCACUGGACAUGCUCAGAAAUGCAGAACCGCCAUCUGGUGAUUCCAAGGACGGGGAAGACAAAGAUGUGGAAGCUGAUGACGAACCAGAAGUGGAAGCUGUCCGUUUUGGCUGGGUGACCGGUGUCAUGAUCCGAUGCAUGCUGAACAUUUGGGGUGUGAUCCUUUAUCUCCGUUUGCCAUGGAUAACUGCUCAGGCUGGGAUAGGGCUCACUUGGUUGAUCAUUCUAAUGUCGUCUGUGGUGACCAGCAUCACUGGCCUCUCUAUCUCAGCCAUCUCCACCAAUGGCAAAGUCAAAGCAGGGGGUACCUACUUCCUCAUCUCCCGCAGCUUGGGUCCAGAGCUUGGUGGCUCCAUUGGCCUGCUCUUCUCCUUCGCCAAUGCUGUUGCCGUGGCUAUGCACGUGGUGGGCUUCUCAGAGACAGUCAAGGACCUCCUGGUGGAAACAGAUUCAAUCAUGACUGAUCCAAAGAACGAUAUCCGUAUUGUAGGUGUGAUCACCAUCACUGUUUUGCUUGGCAUUGCUUUGGCUGGCAUGGAAUGGGAGGCUAAGGCUCAGGUUGUGUUCUUCUUCGUUAUCAUGAUCUCCUUCAUCAACUAUUUCAUCGGGACUUUUAUCCCUGCCUCACCAGAGAGGAUGGCCAAAGGCUACUUCAGCUACCGCAGUGACAUCUUCUUAGAGAACAUUGUGCCUGAAUGGCGAGGUGAAGACGGAAGCUUCUUCGGCAUGUUCUCCAUUUUCUUCCCAUCGGCAACAGGGAUCUUGGCUGGUGCCAAUAUCUCAGGAGAUCUGAAGGACCCAGCAGUGGCCAUCCCCCAGGGGACUCUAAUGGCCAUUUUCCUGACCACUCUGACAUACCUGGCUAUUGCUGCCACCAUUGGUGCCUGCGUGGUCCGUGAUGCCACUGGCAGCAUGAACGACACUCUGGGUGCUGGCAACUUCACUGGCGGGGACUGUGUUGGCCUGGGCUGUGGUUAUGGGUGGAACUUCACUGAAUGCACCUUGGCUGGGACCUGUGAAUAUGGGCUUGCCAAUGAUUACCAGACCAUGAGUAUGGUGUCGGCGCUCAGCCCUCUCAUCACAGCUGGGAUCUUUGCUGCCACCCUCUCUUCGGCGUUGGCGUGUCUCGUCUCUGCCCCCAAAGUCUUCCAGUGCUUGUGUCAGGACAACCUCUAUCCCCUCAUUGGCUUCUUUGCCAAGGGAUACGGAAAGAACCAGGAGCCACUGAGAGCCUAUGCUCUGACCUUCAUCCUGGCGAUUGCCUUCAUCCUCAUUGCUGAGCUGAACACCAUUGCACCCAUCAUCUCCAAUUUCUUUUUGUGCUCUUAUGCCCUGAUCAACUUCAGCUGCUUCCAUGCCACUGUCACGAAAUCUCCAGGCUGGCGGCCUUCCUUCCGCUACUUCAGUAAGUGGACAGCCCUCUUUGGUGCCAUCAUCUCUGUGGUCAUCAUGUUCCUGCUAGCUUGGUGGUCAGCCCUCAUUGUUGUUGGAAUCAUCAUUGUGAGCUUGGCGUAUGUCACCUACAAGAAACCUGAGGUGAACUGGGGCUCCUCAGUGCAAGCUGGUUCCUACCAAAUGGCCCUCUCACAAGCUAUGAACCUGAGCGAUGUGGAAUACCAUGUGAAGAACUUCAGGCCUCAAUGCCUGGUGCUCUCAGGCCCACCCAGCUUCCGUCCAGCUUUGGUGGAUUUUGCUGCUGCCUUCACUAAGGCUGUGAGCCUCAUGAUAUGUGGCAACGUGGCAGAGCUGCAUGAUUCCUCCUGUGCUGAGAACUAUGACGAACAACUCAAGUGGCUCACGGAGCGCAAGAUCCGCUCAUUCUACAACUUCAUCACCAUAGGGGAAUUAAGAUCUGGAGCCCGGAGCCUCAUGCAGGUCUCUGGUCUGGGUCGCCUCAGGCCCAACACGGUGAUCUUAGGUUACAAGCAGAAUUGGCAAACAGACUCCCCACAAAAGCUGGAGGACUAUGUGGGCAUAAUACAUGACUGUUUUGAUUUGAGUGUCGGAGUAUGCGUGCUUCGGAUGCGUGAUGGAUUGGAUGUUUCUCGGACAGUGAAGGCCCAAGUGAACAUGGGUUUUGAAGACCCAGAAGGAGCAAUGGGACGGGAGAGGCAGAGACGUGAAACUUUAAAAGUGAUUGGUGCAGAUUCGCACUUGGAAACCUAUUUUCAGGGCAAUCAGAAGAAGAAAAACAUUGACAUCUACUGGCUCUUUGAUGAUGGUGGGCUGACCCUUCUCAUUCCCUACCUCCUCACCCGGCGAAAACGCUGGAGCCGCUGCAAAGUUCGGGUCUUCAUCAGCAGCCAGAUCACCAAUGCUGAAGAGCACAGAGAAGAGAUCCAGUCUUUAUUGAACAAAUUCCGCUUGGGCUUCAAUGAGGUUGUGGUACUGCCUGAAAUCAUGUGGAGGCCUGAGGAGACGAGUCGCAAAGAAUUUGAGGACCUCAUUGCUCCGUAUCGCCUGAACGAAGGACAGAAGGGCCUGGAUGAGGUGGAAGGGAUGAAAAGGGAAGCGCCAUGGAAAGUCACGGAUGAAGACCUCAGAAUCUACAAGAAAAAGUCUGAACAGCACAUGCGUCUCCAUGAGAUCCUGCAAGAUCACUCCCGAAAUGCAGCCCUCAUUGUCAUGAGCCUACCUGUGGUCCGGAAAGGGGCUUGUCCAAGUGCCCUCUACAUGGCCUGGCUUGAAACUGUCUCCAAGGGCCUGCAUCCACCCAUCGCCUUCAUCCGGGGUAACCAAGAGGAUGCUCUCACCUUCUACUGUCAGUAG